AACUUUAUUCUCCAACAGUGGGACAGAAUCCGAGUUGUAUGGAAUCUCUAUUUAAUAUAUACUCUCAAGUUUAAAAAACAUGCUAUUUACAUAUUUAGUUUCAAGUUUGUAGCACGUGCCUAUUGGUAAUAUGAAAUUCGUAAAACAAGCUCAAAAAUUGCAGUUGGAUGUCGUUUGUUCUUCACACAAUAAACGCUAUUACCGUCAUGGUUUACUUUUACCUGAUACUAUUCGCUGUAUAAUAUGUGGUCCGUCUAACUGUGGAAAAACUAAUUUGAUUGUUGGUUUACUGCUACAUGAACAAGGUCUACGCUUCCAAAAUGUAUAUAUAUAUUCUAAAACCUUGUUUCAACCUAUGUAUCAAUAUUUAGAGCAAGUUUUAAAUCUGGUUCCCUCAGUGUUAUUUCAAAAAUAUAGUGAAAAUGAAGAAGUAAUUAGUCCACAUACGGCAGAUAUUAAUUCAAUCAUGAUAUUUGAUGAUGUUGCAUGUGAAAAUCAGAAUAAUAUACGAGAUUAUUUUGCAAUGGGAAGACAUAAAAACAUAGAUAGCUUCUAUCUGAACCAAACGUAUAGUAAAAUACCUAAGCAAUUGAUAAGAGACAAUGCUAAUCUAAUCGUUCUUUUUAAACAAGAUGAUGUUAAUUUACGCCAUAUUUAUGAUGAACACGUAGGAAGUGAUAUGUCAUGGUCCCAGUUUCGAGAAAUGUGUGGACAAGUAUGGAACAAACCUUUUAAUUACUUAGUUAUAAAUAAAGAUUGUAAUAGAAACUCUGGAUGUUAUAGAAAAGGCUUUGAUACAUUUAUCAUGCUAGAAUAACUGUAUACAUAAAGAAUAGUGUUAACGUGUAGAACUUAUUUCUUAAUAUGAAAUCAUCUAGAUCGGACAUGAAUAAUAAAAUGAACGAGGAGAAAAUAUUUAAAGAAAAAGUACUCCGAUCUGCUGAAGCAGUAAGAAAAAAAGUUAAGGCUCUUCGUGAUAUUAAAUCUACCAAUAAUAUGAUGUUGGAAACAAUGUUAAAACCAGUCACAGAUCCUCUUAAUGAAAUGGUGAAAAAAGAUGAUAGCAGGCUAAGUAUUGGUAACACUGAUUUUGAUAACAAUGAAUUUAAAUGGAAUAAGCCAGUAAAAACAUUAAAAUACAGUCCUACUGAAGAUGGAAAGAAAGAGAGUUCAGCUAAUAAAACACUAUUGAAAAAAUCAUUGGAAUCUGAUUUAGAUAAUAGCGAAUAUGAAUUAAGUAACGACAAUUCUAGCCAAGGCGAUUCCAUAUCAGAUGAAAGUAUCAUCCAUGAUUCUGAAUCAAUAAACAAUGCUUCAUUCAAAACGAUAGAUUCGUAUGCUUCUCCUCGCGAAGAUCCUACCUUGCAAAAACAAUAUUUACACAUGAACAUUCCUUUUGGUGUACGAAUGGAACGUGGUAAGCUAAUGCUAGGAUCUUAUCCGAUUUCUGUGAAUGAUCAAGAACUCAAAAUUGGAGGAGAAAGGUAUUGUUUAACGCAAGGAUUAAACGAUUUAUUGUUUAAAAAAAUACCUGAUCUGCAUAUGGUAACUGCAAACGAUAAGCAAUUGUAUAAAACAUUAUUAUUAAAAACAAAUGCACAUAGACGUGACUUUGAUCCAAAUAAGCCUAUAAAAAGCAACAAGGGAAUGAAAUAUUUACAUAUCAUAAAGCCACUUUUCAAGUUAACUAAACAACGUUCAUUAAGCGAAGAAGUACAUGUAACCGGUGAUGGUUUACCGGUAAUGAAAAAAGUCAAAAGAGACAUUUCUUAUGUGUAUUGGGAUGACCCGAAUGAAUUAGUAGAAAGAUUGAAACUACUUAUAGCAUCGCGUGAUGCUGGCAAUACAGGAUUAGAUAACGAAAUUAUAUCUAUUAUUGAAGAACUACGUGAAGCAGGCUUGGUAAAUGAUAUAUAA